AUGAGUGUGGAAUUGAUAUUUCUUGUACUUUGUGAGUUAGCAGGGUUUGAAGUGAUACCGUGGUUGUUCCAAACUCUUGUUGAUACGCUCGUGUUGCUCGUGGCUCUUGUGAUGCCGUUUAUGGUGCUCGGGUUGGUUGUUGCACACCGUUUGACACCAAUAGAAGCUUCUCAUAUGGGGAAAUUAGCUUUUUGUGUAGGUUAUGUCGGGUGGUUUUUAAUGCUUCUGCGACUUGGAAGUUUGGCUCGUGAUUUCAGACACGCUGCUACCGACUGGCUGGUCAGAUCGUUGUUAGACACAAAGAUCACUCAGGUGGGGUUGAUGGGUAUAACCACCAAUUCUGUGCUAUCAGGAAUUGGAUCCUCGACUGUCAUUUAUAAGGUGAUAUCGGCCUGGAAGUUUAAGCUGUCUCGUGGGGUUUCCGAGAAAGAUAUUAAUGGGGUCAUCUCCAACUACAACAAUAUCAAUGUUCUCCUUGAGAAACGGAACUCGGAACUCAAUGGCUAUUUGGUGAAGACAGGGGGAACCGUUUACAACACACCUGAUCCACUCAAUAAUCUGUUGAAAAAGAAAGGUAAUAAACUUGGAGGAAUCAUGCAUAGAGUACAGUCUUUUGCUAGUUUACAGGGACUUCCAGACAAAAAUUCUGACGAGUAUGAAAUAAGUGAGUUGAACAAAGAAAUCCGCUCUCUUAAAAAUAUGAGAAAUGAUACUUACAACCAGCUCACAAGACUAUUAUACGCAUAUGAGGCCGACAACCAGCCUAAGCAUAUCACCACCACGGUGGCUGAUUUACUGAACUGCGGAUUUGCUAUUUAUUGUUUGUACAGACUCAUCAAUAUCGUGGUGCUCCGCUUACCAUAUUAUUACUGGAGUAAUGCAACUGAUGAUGAAUCCAAAGAUGCUUUGGCCAUCACCAUCUCCAAAAUAAUUCUAGCUGCCUCCUCAAGUACUUCAUCCGUUACCGAGAAACAAUUGGUCACCUUAAUCAGUUUUCUGUUAUCUGGAAGUUUGUUUCUAUUAACCUUUUCAAACGUGUUGAUGACUUUGCGGUCGUUUUCCCGGUUUUUCCCUAUUAUCACCAGUUUACCUAAACAAAUAAAAAGCUGGCUGGUCAGCUUGAUUGUGUGUCAGCUUUUUGGAAUCUACGUGAUAUCUACAUGCCUCUUGAUAAGAACUAAUUUACCCUCCAAUUUGUCAUUCCAAAUUUCUCGCAUCUUAUCAUUAUCGGGUUCAAAUGUCGAAUCUGAAGCGAUGCUCAACCGGGAAAUCAAGUUCAUCGAUACUCUUUUCGACUUGAUCUUUCUUAUCAGCAAUAUCAUCACGUUUGUGGUGUUUUAUUUGCGGAAGCUUGCUGAUAGUGACGAGCUGUUGGACGAAGAAGAGAUGAUAGAAGGUGCCAAAGACUUUAAGCUGAUGUAA